GCGAGUUUGAAAUGGUUGUUGCUUAGCGUCGCGAUGCCACGCUGCCUGUCAUUACAUUUGGCAGUGUUUCUGUUAUUGUUAAAUAUUUAACAUCAGCUUUACAUUCAUUCGAGCUUGGAUUAUCCUUCCACCGAUCGCUAGCUAUCUUGGAUUAAACGUCGGUCCGAUCGUCAAUGUGAAAAAUCUCCGAACAAAAACGAACAAGUUCAGUGACUGUUUGUACGCCGCUUCCAUGGAUUUAAAAGCCUUCACCUUCUUAUCCGGUUUGUUACGAGCUUGAAGGAGAUCGUUUUGUUUUUAUCAUGUUGUCCUUAUCCACAAUGGGAAAGGAAUUGGAUUUGCUUCAAGCAGUGAAAGCCGAGGAUAUUAGAGGAAUAACAAGGAUACUAGCCAAGUACAAAUCUUCGAAACCGAAACUGUUGGGAUCGACGCGGCGACUGAAUGUGAACGCUCAAGACUGCGAUGGCAUCUCGAGUCUUCAUCAGGCCGCCCUCAUGUGCCACGUCACCAUCAUUCAACUGCUGCUGGAUGCGGGAGCCCAGGUCGACAUCAAGGAUAACAAAGGUAUGCGGCCCCUGCACUACGCUUCGUGGCAAGGCAAACCAGAGCCCGUGGCUCUCCUUCUGCAGUACAACGCUUCCGUCAACGAGCAGGCCAACAAAGGAGAGACGCCCCUGCACCUUGCUUGUCAGCACGGACACGUACUCGUGACCAAUUUGCUACUGAAGUACCAUUCCAACGUUCUGAUUCGCAAUAAGGACCACAAGUCGCCUCUUGAUUUAGCCUGUGAAUUUGGACGAUACGAGGUGGUGAAGAUGCUCUUGCAGCAUCACAGCACUCGUUGCCGUUCUCUUUUAAUAGAGAAUCCCCAGGACACAGCGGACAACGAUCGCACCACUUGCCUCCACCUAGCUGCCAGAAACGGACAUGUUGACGUCAUCAGGUUGCUUCUGAAUGCCGGCAUCGACAUCAACAGGUCCACCCUGCGGGGCACCGCCCUCCAUGAAGCGGCCAUGCACGGAAAAUUGGACGUGGUGCGAAUGCUCAUUGAAAGCGGUGUCGACGUGAACAAACCCAACUCGUACGACCAAACUGCGCUGGAUAUCGUCCGGUCCUUCACCACCUGUCACGCAGAGAAGGAGAUGAAGCACCUGUUGAAAGAAAUCAUCAAUGCUGUCCAAGGCCGGGCCAUACGGGACUUUGAUGAUCCAAACGAUCCCGAUGCUCUUCCUCUCAAGGAAGGCCAACAGGUGACGGUGCUGGAACAAAGGGACGAUGGCAGAUGGCGGGGCAUUGUCUUCCACCCCAAUUACACUUCCACCCAGGGAUAUUUUCCGGCGUCGGCGAUCCAGUUGUUGGACAGACCGGUGGGUGGCUCCCAGCGGACAGGGACUCUGAAAGGAGGAACCAUGAAGAAGGUCCCCCCACCUGUUGUGCCUGAGCUUUCUUACAGGAAUUCCGGUUCGAGUUUUUCCAGUGGUUACGGAAGUCAGGCGGCUGUGGACAGGAAUUCCUGUGGUAGUCUGAGUGCGGAUGAACCGAUUUCCCCGCCGCCCAAUUCACCCAAUUCAGAUGCUAGUGCAUAUGGAACGCUGUCUUCCCCCACUAAGCUGUCCCAUUUCUGUUUUCCUGAUGUCCAGAGCCAGUAUACUCAAGUUAUUGUUCAUGCUCAACCGGGGAGUGGAGGAUCUACUCCAGUGGACAAUCCCCCGGGUGGUCCUCUGGGAUGCCCUUCAGUUUGCCAUGCCAUGUUAGAGGACCAAGGAAUCGAUGUCUGUCCCAGCCCAGGUGGUAGUAGUGCCAGUGGUACAUCAUCGAGACACAGCAUGUCGAGUGUGGACAGUGGCCGUGCGUCUGGGUCAGAUAAGGUGGGCUCCCAGAAGUCUCAGUCCAAACACAUCCUCGUCGAAACCAGCCAGCACCGGCACAGCUAUCACAGUUCCACGUCCAGCGUGUCCAGCGACGAUCUCCAAAUCAUGGGCAACAAUGUGGCAGAGAUGAUGUUGCAUGGCUUGCCGGACGGCGAAAUCUUAUCUGCUUGGUUGACCAGCCUGAAGUACGAAGACUACUGCCCAUUGUUUCUGCAGGCCGGAUACGACAUGCCCACCAUAUCUCGAAUGACACCGGAGGAUUUAACAGCCAUUGGUAUAACCAAACCAAAUCAUCGAAGAAAAUUAAAAGCCGAAAUUGCGAGGUUGAAUAUAUCUGACGGAAUUCCUGAUUAUAAACCUAAUUCAUUGUUGGAAUGGCUCCACCUGCUGAGAUUGGAGGAGUAUUACGAUACACUUGUCGAACAAGGAUAUGACUCUGUAGAUAAAGUGACGGAACUUACUUGGGAAGAUUUAGAGGAAAUAGGCAUCCAGAAAUUAGGUCACCAAAAGAAGAUCACCUUAGCUAUCAAAAGAGUGAAAGACAUUUCAAAUGGCAUUAAACGAGCUAGCCACGUGCCUGAACCUCAUGAAUUGACGGGGAGCACUGCGAACACCCUCUCCCGGCCGACAACCUUAAAUAAUGUACCACCGUAUUCUUAUCACACUCAAGAAAUAGCUAUUACCACAGCUCGCUCUCAUAUCUCACCCACUUCUGCUCCUGAUGCCAAUCUAGAAUUUAAAACAUUCCAGCAGUCUCCUCCAAAAGAAGAAAUGUUUCAACAUUAUAUGAGCAAUCGAGAUUGCAACUCUCCGUCCCACCUCAGCAAUUUAUAUCAACCAAAUGUUGUUACUAUACAGGUUCGGUCAACCAGCCGAGGUAGGUCUUUGGAGAGCCUAGACAUGGACGAUUCAGUUUCCACUGUGAUGCAUCCACCUUAUUAUGGCAACUCUGACUGUUGGUAUGACACUGUAAGUGCAUGGAGACAUAAUGGCUAUGACACUGACAGUGAACUGAGUGUACACGAUCACUAUUCUUAUGAAACAAGUGGUACCACAACUUUGAAUCGACCCAAAGGCAUGGUGAAACCUAGGCCUGUUGCCAAAAUUACUGCCAAGAGCCGCCAGUCUGAUCCCGAAAUCAACUAUGAUAUUGACGACGACCCCAAGAGUUUGAAGAUGGCCAAUCAAAUGAUUGAUAGUUGGUCUCCUCAACACAGUUGGUCCAAUAUGAACUCCUCCCAGUUGUAUGGUACUUUGAGGGGGAAGAGAAAUCCCCCACCCCCUCCCAAACGAACAAACUCUAUUAAAAAUGAACGCAGCAUUGAGGCAAUGAAGGAUGAAGCUUUUGCAACAUGUGUCAAAGGUCUAGCAUCGCGAUUUGUCACAGACUUGCCUCCACCACCAAGUGAUUCCUCUGACAGGUCUGUGUCCCCAGCACUGACCGAAGACUUCCCCCCUCCCCCCUCUCCACUUUCUGCCUCUGUUAUAGACUUGUCCGAGUCUUCUGCGGUUAGAGAGGAUGUUGUUCGUGCCAAAGAUUCCCAAGGAUCCAAAUUCAGGCAGCGAAGAAAGGACUCUGCGGACUCAAAUAUUUCCACUUCCAGCACAGAAUCCAAUUCCUUGCCUUUCGCCAAUGAAAAUGUUGGGACUAUUAAGCAAAGAGCUACGAAAUGUGUAACAGGUGAAAGCUCUCCGGCAGCUUCCCCUUCAGCCACACUCAGGAAGUCCAACUUGCCUUCAAGCCAAGCGAGUAUGUCAAGUAAGCGGACUGUUCUGACAGAGAAAAAAUUCAAAGAAGCAAGUGGGCGUGCCAUGGAACAUUCUUCUGGAGCCACUGAUGUGAUAGUUGACAUCGAGAACAUGCUAGCUAAUUUAUCCACCCAGCUGGACGCAAUGUUGGAGUAUCAGUUAAACGAGGGCUGAAGUCAUGGAAUGCCACUCUGUGCAAAUUUUAAUCGAACAACGUUUUUUAUUCAUGUUUGGAUGUUGACAGAUGUAUAGUGAACUUUUUUAAUUAUUUCAGUAGUAGCUGUAGCUGGCUGCAGUGAGACUCUGGACCUUCUCUUCAUUGUGCAGUUGAUAGACUUGUUAACAGUUUCAUUUUGAGUAAAAAUUUUUAACAGAAUAGUUGUUGAUCAUGAAACUGAGCUAUUUUCAUAUGAAUAGAAAACAAUGUGAUUUCUAUGUUUAUAUUGCAGAAUUUCACUUCACUUAUGAUGAUUUUGGUUGUGUUCCUGUUAGUAAAUUAAUUUUGCAAAUAUAGCAUGAAGCAAAUGUUGCUGGAAGUAUUCAUCAAUAAUAUUUGUUCCUGAUUUCAUUUUAUGGACUUUAUACAAUUGCAUUUUGAAGCAGCAGAAAAUGCCAUUUAGUUUUUGUAUUUAAAGUAGAUUUGCAGUUGACUUCAAAAAGGCAGCCAUUUUCCAUUUUUUUAAAAAUACUUUUUUACGAAGAAUUUUGUAUCAUUAUUUUGAACCUUUUACUUAUUUUUAAUCUGGAUAUUAGAUAACAAAUGUUAAAGAAUAAUAAUAAAACAAAUAUUAACUUUAGUUGAUAUGCAUGGUUCUGGAAAAUGCAUUGCAUCAUUACACAGUUUUUUUUUAAUAUUGUUUUAUUGAUUUAAAAAGUAACAUUUUUUACAUUAUAACAUAUAUUUACUCAUUAUUCAAACUUCAUUUUUGCUUAUUAGAAUCAAAAAUGGUAUUUUAUAAUAUCACAUAUUACUCUCUCUUGUUUGUAUUGCUACAGCAUUACGAAGAGUUAUUGUUCAUCAUGAUGCAAAUUUCCCUGAAAAAAAUCAGCAAAAUUUUUGUUAAUCUUUAAUCUUUUGAUACUGCCAUUUGUAUUUUCACAUUUUCAUUACCCAUCCCAGCUGUGUUAUUACAAUGGAUCAUGAUUGUUGUCUGUUGUGUCAGUGUGCUUUGGAUUCAGAACUAUUAAAAGUGUUCCGUGGGUAGGAUACUGUUCUUGACAAUCUUUGUGUUUUUAAAACACGAAGUGAUUAAACAAUAUGAAGAUGGAUAUCUUUUUUUUUUUUUAAUGUUUGGAAGAAUUUUCGCUUAAUUUAUAUAAAAUUGGCUGAUUUGAAGCAAUUGUUCCUUUCCUAAGAAGAUCCGAUUAUGUAAACAGCAGAUCUUUAAGAAAUAAAAUAAAAUGUAGAAGUUUCUGUUUAA